AACCGUCCCUCUGGCGCAAACCUCGCGGAGGGCGGGUGUGGGUACCAGGCGCGGUAUCUAUACUAACGAAAGGGAAGAAGGGAUUCGGGAUAAAAAAAAAGCUAAACAAGGAAUCAACAUACAUACAACAAGAUGGCUAGCGGGUUCCAAUUAGGGUGGUACCGGUGGCUACCGUUCCUGGGAUAUCACCACGUCUUGAUGAUUCUCAUUAUGAUCACGAUUAUUCUACUAUCCCUUCUCCUAGCAGGCUGCUCGUCCUCAUCACCCGUCAUCCCUGAUAUCUUUUUGUUGUCGCUCUACUACGAAAACUACCAAGCCAUCCCCGACACCUCGCAGGUGCACUACGACGUCACCACCGCCAUCGCCAACAUUGUGGACGGCGCCCGUCUCCAGGCGCGCGUUGGCUUCUUUGGCAUCUGCGUUAAUCCCGAUGGCGGGUCGUGGUUGUGCAGCAACAAUGCGACAACGCUAGCGAACGAGAUCUCGGUUGAUCAGGAUCCUUUGAAUCUAGUCUGGUUGGCUGCGCAGUUCAAGGAUAUGAUUGUCUUUCCAUACUUGAUCAUCAUCGCAAUCAUCUUCGCCUUCGUUUGCCUCCUCCUCCUCGCCACCUUCCCCGGCUGGCACGAAGAGGAAGACUCGGAGGGUUCCGAGCGCGAGGUCAAACCUUUCCCUUCGCGGCCCGUCAGCCAGGUCGCCCUCGUCAUCAUCUUCAUCGCGACCAUUUUUGUCUUGGUCUCGGUGCUGUGGCAGCAUACGGCGUCGGUGGCGGCAUCCGUCAUCGCUCAGGACUUUGGCAACGGGAGCGUCAUGGCCGGCGUGGGCAGCUCGGCCAUGGUGUUGGGCUGGUUCAGCUUCACGCUGUUGAUCAUUGUCACGAUUGGUUUGCUGGUUAUGAUAUUGAGUAUGAGAGUCUUGAGCGAGCUCAUGGCCUAAGGCCCGGUAGAUUAUAGGGUUUGAAGGGGGUUUGUUGUUGGACAAAAGGGGGGAUGCGCAUUUUCUUUUUUCGUUCUUCUCAUCGCACUAUAUGGGAGGCUGGGCAAAGGCGCUGAUAGAGAUUUUCUCUUGUUUUUUCUUGUUCUACGUUUAUGUUUUUUUUUUUUUUUUCUUGAUUUCUUGCUUUCGCUUACGACGAUACCUACAACCACCCACCACCACUGCAGCUUACACACACGCUCAACCACACAUAAACACCAUACAACAACACAACAACAACAACAGCAAUCAACCUAACGGACAUAAAACGACCCGAGACGAAAGAAA